AACUAUGGCUUUGUAAAUAAAGCCUCACUGUAGAGCACAAGCGAAUUGUGCAAAGCUCACGUCGUAGAGGUUUAUGUUGAAGUAUAUGGCCGGAAGUUGUGUCGUGUGGAUAUUGUUACGGGGCACCAGCCGACUCGUCUUUGCCACGUUUCACUAAAUGACGUAAUCUCUGCCUGGGAUUGACAGUUCGCUGUUGCGGUAGGGACACAUAUUCAGUGAGAGGCAGAGAAGGGGCUGUUAUUCAGACGUGUAUUUACAUCCCUUGUUUAUUGGCUUUACGGCUGUAGAACGAGUAACCAGGCUGUCGUACAGGACGAGGCAUUCGCUAAAUCAAGCCACAUAUUUUGUGUCAUUCCCGACUUGGCUAACCAGCUGGCUAAUGUUAGCUGUUUCCUGGUUGGAGUUGUAGCCAUUUUGGUUUUUCGCAGAGAAACAACUAGCCGGUCGUGGUUUUUGGGAACAGUCUAAGCUAGCCACCGCUCCCGUUUUCACAACUAAACAGCGCUGUUUAUCUGUAGACAGGGACAAAGACACGGUUCACGAGAGGGGAAACACUGUACAACAAGUCAACAAUGAAUCCCGAAUAUGACUAUUUAUUCAAGCUGCUCCUGAUUGGUGACUCUGGUGUUGGAAAGUCUUGCCUUCUUCUCCGAUUUGCAGAUGACACAUAUACAGAAAGUUACAUUAGCACUAUUGGAGUGGACUUCAAAAUACGAACCAUAGAACUAGAUGGAAAAACCAUUAAACUUCAGAUUUGGGAUACAGCAGGUCAGGAGAGGUUUCGUACUAUCACAUCCGGCUACUACAGAGGUGCUCAUGGUAUCAUUGUUGUGUAUGAUGUCACAGACCAGGAGUCCUUCAACAAUGUCAAACAAUGGCUACAGGAGAUUGAUCGCUAUGCCAGUGAAAACGUCAACAAGCUAUUGGUUGGAAACAAGUGUGACCUGACGACAAAGAAGGUGGUGGAUUACACAACAGCAAAAGAAUUUGCAGACUCUCUUGGCAUCCCCUUUUUGGAAACCAGUGCCAAGAACGCCACCAAUGUGGAGCAGGCCUUCAUGACUAUGGCUGCUGAAAUCAAGAAGAGGAUGGGCCCUGGGGCCACAGCUGGAGGAGGGGAGAAGCCCAAUGUGAAGCUGACCCCUGGCACUACUGUCAAACCUACAUCAGGAGGAUGCUGCUGAGAGAGAAACCACUUCCAGUUUGACACCCCGCCCUCUUUACUCUGCAGGCCUGUCAACCACCAACCCCACCCCACCACCAACCCCACAAACUCCACUGUUUCUCAGCAAAGCCCCACCACAAGCAGACGGGACAGGGAAGACAUGAUUCACAUGUCCAUGUGAGAACAAGAUGAAGUGGCCUGUAUUUGUACUGUACAUAAUAUAGCGGCACUACCAAAAACAACUAAAGCAUCCUUCUUGUCAUCGUGUCCACUUAUUGAUGACAAAAUCUAAAGAUAGGAGAUCAUUCAACCUGGCCCCAACUCCCAUCAGCCCUGUAUCUCAGACCUCCCAGAGACUACUCUUUUAUUUGAAUGCAGGUGAAUGAGUGAGUGAGAGAGAGAGACAAUGGAUGUGUUCUUUUUCUGCAUUCCUACAGUGGGGUUGGUAAUUGAAUCAGUUUCUUUAAGGUUUCUGUUUGUAUGGACCUCCUCUGUUUCUCUUCUCCUUUAGUGAUUAUUUUGCUGUUUGUAUCAGCGUUUGUCAGUCUGUUCCCAUUGAAAGUUGUUGUUUUUGUUUGUUUUUUUAAUCUCCCACGCACAGCAGUGUCUCACAGUCCAGCAUCUAAAGUCUAGUGCAAAAGUAUAUGUACAUAAACAUUAUGUAUAUAUUAUGUCAAAUCUGAUUUGCCAGUUCUGUAGUGUUCAAUACGUUAUUGGGUUUGUCUUGACUCUUUAUCUCUACAUUAAAUUUGUGGCUGAAGACAACUGUAAGUCUGUUGUUCAACAUGUAACACUUCAACUGAAAAUAAAUAUUGUACUACCAGACUAUGAAA